AUGUGGCACCACCGUCUUGGCCACCCCUCCCUGCCCCGUCUUCGGGGCAUGGCUUCCCGUGUCCUUGGGCGCCUCAGGGCUGCUCCUCACUCCUCCCAGUUUCCCCCGACAGAGGCUCCUCUGCAGACACUUCACAUGGACGUGUGGGGCCCGGCCCGCGUCCGUGGGCAGGGUCACGAGCGCUACUUCCUGUUGGUGGUUGACAACUGCUCGCGUUACACCACAGUCUUCCCCUUGCGCAGCAAGGGUGCUGUCACUGAGGUGCUGAUCGACUGGAUCCGCGAGGCUCGUCUCCAGCUCAGGAGGAGCUUCGGCUCGGACUUUCCUGUUCUGCGUCUGCACUCUGACCGAGGUGGGGAGUUCUCCUCUCGCCUUCUACUAGACUACUGUCGUGCACGGGGGAUCCGCCAGACCUUCACGCUUCCGGACUCUCCACAGCAAAAUGGGAUUGCUGAGCACCGCAUUGGCAUGGUCAUGGAUGUCGCUCGUACGUCCAUGAUGCAUGCGGCUGCCCCCCAUUUUCUGUGGCCGUUUGCGGUUCGGUACGCGGCGCAUCAGCUCAACCUUCACCCCAGGGUCUCUCGGCCCGCGAUGUCUCCAGUCUUGCUGUGGACGGGGAAGGUCGGCGAUGCGUCUGCGUUCCGUGUCUGGGGAUCUCGGGCGUUUGUCCGCGACUUGUCUGCGGACAAGCUGUCCCCCCGUGCUGCUCCCUGUGUCUUCCUUGGCUUCCCCCCUGACGCUCGAGGGUGGCAGUUCUACCACCCCUCCUCUCGUCGUGUUCUGUCCUCCCAGGACGUCACGUUCGACGAGUCAAUCCCCUUCUACCGCCUCUUCCCCUACCGCACUCCUUCUCUCCCCCCGCCACCGGACUUUCUUGUGCCGGUUCCCCCCCCGGUAGACCCCCUCCCCCCUCAGGUUCCUGCCCCCUCAGGUGUGUCCCAGGUAGACGCAGUUGACCCGGUCGAGGUUACUGGUGACUCUGGUGCUGCUGCGGGUGCUGAGCCUGGGGGUGCUGACUCUGGGGGUGCUGUGCGUGUGGGUGCUGAGCCUGGGGGUGCCGAGCCUGGAGGUGCUACUACUGGGGGUGCUGAGCCUGGGGGUGCUGAGUCUGGAGCUGCUGAGCCUGGGGGUGCUGCGUCUGGCGCUGCUGAGCCUGGGGUUUCUCCUGGUGCUCCGACUCGGCGGGAGCCCCUCUCUCCACAGGAGCUGCGCGAGUGGUUUGCUCGCCGCUGGAGGCGUACUACUGGAGCUGGAGCUUCUUCGACUGUCGAGGGUGCUGGUGCCGCCGGUCCCGGAGCUGCUGGGCCUGCGGGUCCUACUAGAGCUGGAGCUGCUGAGGGUGUUGGUGCUGAGACUACUGCUGUCUGUCCUGGCGGCGGUCUUGCUGCUGGUGCUGCUGGAGGUCCUGCCGCUGGAGGUGUUGGUGGCGCUGGUGGUGCCGCUGAGGGUGCUAGUGCUGUCCGUGCUGGGUCUGAAGUUGCCGCGCGGCCUCGGCCGUACUUCGUUCCGCUCCUACAGCAGGUUCUUGGUCUUUCUCCUCCUGUAGAGUGUCCACAGCCUGUCCAGUCGCAGUCACUGUUGGAGCCUACCUCCCCACUACCUGCUCCCUCUCCUUACACUGGUCCUACUAGGGGUCUUGCUGAGCGUCGUGAGCCUGCGUCUCGUCCCGCGUCGCCUGUUCGUGCUGCUCGCGCUAGUGGUCGCAGUUCGCGUCAGCGUCCUCCUCCUGUCCCUGGCACGCACCGGAUGUCUCUGCGUCCGUCCACUGCUCCUCUGCGUGCCCCUUUGCCUUCUCCUCCUGAGUCCUCUCUUCCUGCACUUGCCGACCCUGAGUCGGACUCUCUUCGUGCUGCCAGUCCUACUGUCACGCGUCUCCUUGCUACUGUCGUCACUGACCCCUCUUUUGAGUCCACUGCUGCGUCUGCGCUUGUUGCUGAGCUCGUCGACUUUGCUGCUCGAUGUCAUCUAGACUACGCUGCCAGUCUUGUUGCUGAGUCUGCGUCUGUCUGUCCUCCGUCCGUCGGGGGUGAGUGUGCUCUUCGCACGGACGUCCUUGAGGACAGGCAGGAGGAGUUCCAGUGUCUGGCUGCUGCUUCACCUCAUCUCGCGUCUGUACUGCUUGCUCCUGAGGGAGACCCGGAUGCACUAGACAUCCCGACUCCGCGCUCUUACGCGGAGGCCGUAGAGGGUCCCUACUCCUCUCAGUGGCAGGCAGUUAUGGAUGCAAAGAUGGCUUCCUGGAAGUCCACAGGCACCUACGUUGACGCGGUUCCCCCUCCUGGGGCGAACAUCGUCAGUGGCAUGUGGAUCUUCAGGGUGAAGCGGCCGCCGGGCUCUCCACCUGUCUUCAAGGCGCGGUACGUCGCUCGUGGCUUCAGUCGGCGGCAGGGAGUUGACUACUUUCAGACCUUCUCUCCCACCCCGAAGAUGACCACUCUUCGGGUGCUGCUGCACAUAGCCGCUCAGCGCGACUACGAGCUUCACUCUCUCGACUUCAGCAUUGCGUUCUUGCAGGGUAGCCUGCACGAGGAGAUCUGGCUGCGCCGUCCACCUGGCUUCACUGGGACUUUCCCUCCUAGCACCCAGUGGAGCCUCCGACGGCCAGUCUACGGUCUCCACCAGGCACCGCGUGAGUGGCACGACACACUGAGCACUACACUUGCGGCUCUUGGGUUUGCUCCCUCUACUGCUGACCCGUCGCUGUUUUUGCGCACCGACACUUCUCUGCCGCCGUUCUACAUCCUCGUGUACGUCGACGACUUGGUCUUUGCCACAGCGGACACUGCUGGACUCGCCUACGUGAAGUCCAAGCUGUUGAAGAGACACACGUGCACAGACCUGGGUGAACUGCGCAGCUACCUUGGCUUGCAGAUCACUCGGGACAGAGCACGCCGCACCAUUACCUUGACUCAGUCACACAUGGUGCAGCAGGUCCUUCAGCGCUUCGGCUUCACGUACUCCUCGCCUCAGGCCACUCCUCUGUCUACUCGCCACUCGCUCUCAGCUCUACCUUCGGAUGAGUCCGUAGAGUCGAGUGGCCCGUACCCAGAGCUUGUUGGCUGCCUCAUGUACCUGAUGACCUGCACACGACCUGACCUUGCAUACCCUCUUAGCAUUCUUGCACGCUAUGUUGCUCCUGGGAGACACCGACCAGAGCACAUGGCUGCAGCGAAGAGGGUGUUGCGCUACCUGUGCAGCACGUCGGGCAUGGGGCUAGUGCUUGGAGGGCGGAGUCCAGUGGUCCUUACAGGACACGCGGACGCUUCUUGGGCUGACAACCAGGCUACGCAGCGGUCGUCACAGGGUUACACCUUCAGCCUUGGUUCCGGCUCUGUCUCGUGGCGGGCUACUCGCUCGUCUUCGGUCCUCAGCUCCAGUUGUGAGGCUGAGAUCUACGCAGGGUCCAUGGCUGCACAGGAGCUUCGCUGGCUCACCUACCUGCUGACUGACCUUGGAGAGCCGCCUCGUUCUCCUCCAGUACUGUACGUAGACAACAAGGCCAUGCUGGCCUUGUGUCGAGAGCAGCGUCUGGAGCACAGAACGAAGCACAUUGCUCUUCGCUACUUCCUUGCUCGUGAGCUACAGCAGCGUGGACAGUUGCGGCUUGCGUACGUGGCCUCUGAGGCCAACACUGCUGACGUGUUCACCAAGGCACUCGCGCCUUGUGACCAUCAGCGCUUCUGCACCCAGCUGGGUCUUGUACCUGUCUUGCCUCACUUGCUCUCCUCUUGA